GCCUUAAGAACCCCAUCCCCGGAACUCUUUCUACACCUUGUGUAUUGACGCAGCCUGAUUCGCUUGCUUGCUUGCUUGCUUCCUACAAUGGGUGUGCCCUCUACGCAGGCGUCCAACGCCAUCCUGUACCUGACCUACGGCGCAUUUUUGGUCGUCGGAUGCUACAUCGCUUGGCGGCUGCGACACCAGUCCAAGACGGAGUGGCUGUCGAGCAACAAGACACAGAAGGGCAUACCGCUGGCCUUCAAUUUCAUCGCAUCGGCGCGCUGCCACUGCUCGUCUUCGGGUACCUGGGGCCUAUCAUCCGGAGGAAGUGUCCCGAGGGGUUCGUUCUGACUGAGUGGACGAGGCAGCGGUAUGGCGCUGUCGCGGGCUUGUUUCUCAGCGUGUGCACGCUGAUUACGAUUUUCCUGUACAUGGUCAGCGAGCUUAGUGCCAUGCAGCAGAUUGUGACUGCGUUGACGGGGCUCGACGGACUCCCUGCUAUCAUUGUCGAGUGCGCUGUUACUACGAUAUACACCUCCCUCGGCGGCUUCAAAGUCUCCUUCAUAACGGACAACAUCCAAGGAGCCAUGGUCGUCGGCCUCAUCAUCCUCGGCGUCAUAACCGUUGGCGUAGAAACCCACAUCCAGCCCGCGCUGAUCCGUGAAUCCGGCUUCCUCAACUCCUCCCUCCUCGGCUGGCAGCUCCUCUACAUCCUCCCCGUCGCCAUCCUCACAAACGACUUCUUCCUCUCCGGUUUCUGGAUGCGUACCUUCGCCGCGCGCACAGACAAGGAUCUCUGGAUCGGGACCUCCCUUGCCACCGUCGCCGUCCUCAUCAUCCUCACGCUGGUGGGCGUGUCGGGCCUGCUGGCGGCGUGGAGCGGCGCGUGGCCGCUGGGCGACGCGGAGGACGGAUAUCUCGCGUUCUUCCUGCUGCUGGGCCAGCUACCUGCUUGGGUCGUCGGCAUCAUCCUCGUGAUGACGGUCAGCCUGUCUACCGCCGCCUUCGACUCCUUCCAGUCCGCAAUCAUUUCGACCGGGUCCAACGACCUUUUCCGCAACAGGCUGAACAUCUGGGUCAUCAGGCUGCUGGUCGUCAUCCUCAUCGUCCCCGUCGUCGUCGUCGCCCUAAAGUCCCCCGACAUCCUGCAGAUCUUCCUCAUUAGCGAUCUUGUCUCCGCGGCCGUCGUCCCCGUGCUCGUCAUCGGGUUGUCGGAAAGGUGCUACUGGUGGCGCGGCUUCGACUUCGUCGUGGGCAGUCUUGGCGGCAUAUUCACCGUCUUCCUCUUCGGCCUCGUCUACUACGACGGCGACGCCGGGCGCGCGUCUAAACUGCUCAUCCUCGAGGGUGGACUGUAUUCGGGUGACUGGAGCGCCUUUGGCGCGUUCGUGGCGGCGCCGUUUGGCGGGCUGCUCUGGGGGUUCGGUGCCUGUGGAUUGAGACUGGCGACGCUGUGGGUGUUCGCGAAGGUUAGGGGGCAUAGGUUCGAUGCGCUGGACAGGCCUAUUCCGCGUGUUCUCCACACUGAAGCGGAGGACGAAAGGGAGGCCGAGCGUGUCCUCGAAAGGCCGAGUGACAAGGCGCUGUAUGGAAAAUUCUUCUGAGCUCAGAAGCUUUGGGAACGAUGUGAGAGGAAGGUGGGAUGGGGAUGGUGCGGUGCGAGUGUGGAUGCGGGGUGUAGGGGAAGAGUUUAGAUGGUCUUGGGGAGAGAGGCUGAAAGAGGGUGUAGAUAAUAUGGAUGAAGUCGUGUUGUAGAAUCAAAUUGUGGACGCC